AUGAAAAUUGAUUUAGAUUAAUAAAUGUAUUAAUUUCCUUCAAUAAAUUUAUACUUAGAUAAACUUAGCAAAUAUAAAAAAGAAAACCUAAGCAAAUAUCAAGGUGGUUUCAUUUCAGGUUAGAGUACUUAUGUUAACAUUGAGAAAUCCUUAACAUUAUCAAUGCACACAAUAAAGAAGAUAAAAUAAAACUAAAAUUUAUUUAUUUUAGAAAGUGCUUACAAUACAAUAAAUAGACCAAAAAUUAUACAAAAUUCUACAAUAAGGUAUGUCUUGAGGAGGAUGAGAUAAAUUUUCUCAAAGAUUUGCACCGUAAUGUACAAUAUUAGGAUUCUGUGGUUAAAAAAAAUGCUGGUUUUUAAAUGUAGUUGUCUAAGGCUCGCUUAUAUCUCCUCCACUAUAUAAUAUCUAAUUAGAUUGGUUUCUCAAAAAAUUAUAAUAAAAAGUCCAUUAAUUAAACUUUAAAAUUUUGCAUAUGCUGACGAUUUGCUUUUCUAAAUUAAUCUUAUGAAAACGAAAUAAUUACUGGAUAUUAUCGAAUAAGAAGUCUUAAGUGGAAUUUAGAUUUCAGCAAAUAAAAGUCUGGAAUAAUGUAUAUAAAAAAUCAUUAUCAAUACACUCAACAAUCAAAUAAAGGAUAUCCUAUAAUGAAACACUAAAUUUAUCUAGGAAUUGAUA